UGUGUGUGUGUGUGUGUGUGUGUGUGUGUGUUAUAAGGAGGUGGGGGUGAGAGACCCUGUCGUGUGUUGACCCCCUAAACAACUCCCAGUCUCCAUUCGCUCUCUCUCUCUUUGGUUUAAAGCUCCAUCGCUCAUUGCAGAGACUCAUUUGAGCCCGACGCGUCGCUACAUGGACAUCGAUAUAGCGGAAAGGACGCGGCAUCAUCUCGGACGCACCGCUAACGUUGGAUACUCGGCCCGGUCCAUGCUACUGCUGCUGCUAAACUCUUAUUAAGAGAGUGUCUCAUCUGCCGGUGUGGUGUGUGUUGUCUUCCGUCACUGAGUGUGUGAACUCGGCUUCCGUAUCGCAUGGAGAAGAGGUAUGAGGAGUUGGUGCAGUACCCAGGCUCUGACAUCAUGCCUGUGGGAGGCUACGGGGACGCCAUGAGGUCACUUCCUCCUCCUCACUAUGGCCACACUGUGCCUGACUCGCUUAAACACCACCGGGAUCUGAUCUAUGGUCAUCCUCUGUUUCCUCUCCUGGCACUGGUGUUUGAGAAAUGUGAACUCGCCACCUGCUCGCCGCGAGACUCCACUUCCAUGUCCAACCCCUCCCACCUUACUGGCAUGACCAAUCACAGCGACGUCUGCUCCUCUGAAUCAUUCAACGACGACAUUGCAAUCUUUGCCAAACAAAUUCGAUCUGAGAAACCCAUCUUUUCAUCAAAUCCAGAACUGGAUAAUCUGAUGAUCCAGGCCAUUCAAGUACUACGGUUUCAUCUAUUAGAGCUAGAAAAGGUUCAUGACCUCUGUGAUAAUUUCUGUCACCGCUACAUCACGUGUCUGAAGGGCAAAAUGCCCACCGAUUUGGUGCUGGAAGACAGAGAGGGCGGAUCCAAAUCGGACAUGGAGGAUUUCACUGGUUCCUGCACCAAUUUGUCUGAACAAAAUCAGUCUUGGUUGCGAGACCCGGAUGACUGUGUGUCAAUCCCCUCAGGCACCCCAAGCGCAUCCUGCGGUCUUACUUCACACAGUGCAGAGAACUGCAGCGACGCAGGUGAUGGACUGGACGGAAGUAUGGCAUCUCCCAGCACAGGAGAAGAAGAUGAAAUGGACAGAGACAGACGAAACAACAAGAAAAGAGGAAUUUUUCCUAAAGUUGCAACAAACAUAAUGAGAGCUUGGCUCUUCCAGCACCUAUCGCAUCCAUACCCCUCUGAGGAACAGAAAAAACAACUCUCCCUAGACACGGGUCUCACCAUACUGCAGGUCAACAACUGGUUCAUAAAUGCCAGACGCAGAAUAGUCCAGCCAAUGAUUGACCAAACAAAUCGCUCAGGCCAAGGUGCUCCGUACAGUCCAGGGGGGGCGGCUCUAGGAGGUUAUGGCUUAGACGCUCAGUCCCAUUUAGGCCUUAGAACAGCAGGUCUUCAGGGAAUGUCAUCUCUGCCCACAGAUUACCCAGGAGCCCUCCUGCCCCAGCCAGGGUACUCCCACCCUGGGCCAUCCCUGCACCCUUACCCCGGCCACCACACUGCCAUGCUGCUCCACCCGCCCCCCCACGCCCACCCUGCUGAACCCCUUAUAGGACAAGGCCUUGACAUACACGCCCACUGAGACCAGAGCAGGGCUGAAGGGGCACUGAAAGUGGGCCGGACCGGUAUAUUAUGAAUUGACUUUGCAUUGACUUUUGACAUAGUCCAUCACCCUCAGCAAAACUUCCGGACGCCAGCGCGGUCGACACAAUGACUCUGAGAAUGUCUUAAAUGCAAUGACAUGUAUGAAAAUGUCCAUUUUAUGCACUCAAUUCUGUGCAACGUGACUGUAUGCAAAGCCUGAAAGAAUUGUUACAUUCCUUAGCCAUUUAUCAAAAUGUAUUGCUAUCUUAUCUCUUCCUCAUUAUACUCUGAAUGGGUGAAUCUCACAAAGGACAUGUCUAGGUCAUUUUUCAGCCCAAAAUCCAAAAUAAAAAAUUAUAAAUGAUAUGUUGCAAGAAAACCAUUACAAUGGUUUGGAAUUGUAACAUUAGUUUUAUGACAAUUAGGGAUAUUUUUACCCCAAAAUUGUAAUUACUGUAAUGCAAAAAAAUAAAAAUAAAAAUAAUAAUAAUUCAUGUAAUUCUGUAAUGUAGGGAUGGCAUAAAAUAUCGAUAUAUCGAUUAUUGUCAGCACAUUAUUUUAUCGAUGUAUUUUUGAGGCAUUGAAAUAUUAUAAUUAGCUAACAUUUAAAUCAAAAGCACAAUUGGCAUGCUUUCCAAUUCACUCAGUUGGCCUCUGUUUAACAGCCUGGCGUAAUUGUGUUGGGAGACCACAAGAGGGCGAUCUACCAUUUACUGUAGCCAGUCGCGGUCACGAUCACACAACCAGGACAAGCUGACGCGGCGCAGAUGGCAGUCCAAAGUUACAAAGGUUUUUGUACUGCUUCAAGAACGAACAAAGUGACAUUGAUGAGUUUGCAGGUUAGAGAAACUUGUUUAACUGUGUGAUGUUUCUUAUGCAAUUUUUCUGUAUGUAGCCAUGAAUGGGUCUUUCAUUCAAGCUGUCAAAGCACAAAACGCCAUACUUGUUAUUGAAAAUACAUUGUGCAGGCCCUAUGAAAAGAUACUUCUAUACAAUAUAUCAUCCAGUUGUACUAGAGUAAAUAAUCUUUGUCCUUUGAUAAUGAUUUGGGUCAAAUUGAAUGGAAAACUAUGCGACUUACACUCCGUGGCACUUCAGAAUGUUGACGCUGAGCGUUGGCGGUGUGUGCGUACCUUUGUAGAAAAUAAAUAUUUGUUAUUUUAGAACGCACCAUGUCGUCUUCCAAACUCGUCCGUUGUGCGACCCCCUUUAAUUAACCCUGCCACUCACAGUUUACCAAGUUGUGUUAAGAAAUAUGUAUGAAGAGACAAAGACAAAGACCCUAUUUAUACAGGAUCUGAAAAAUAAUCAUCGGGAAAAUCUUCAGAUUAUCGAUGCAUAAAAAAGGCAUUGAUCCCAACCCUACUGUAAUGAAAACAAAGUUUUAUUUUGUACUUUUAAAAUGUACUUCACAUUUUAAAUACAUUCAUUUGCAUUGCAGUAAUGAGAAUGAGAUCUUUUUGCAUUAGAGGGGUUUUUAAAUGCUUAAUUUUCAUGAAAAUAAUGCGACAGUGGUCUUAGCUUAAUUUUCUUAAUGCAAUUUAUUUUUUUAUUUUUUUUUGUUCAUUAUUUCUUGGCAAUUUGAGUGAGAUUCACCCAGAUGCACUGUACUGAAUACAUUGAUCUACUAGUUUUAGCAGCAACAUUGCUGCACUCAACUGUAUAUACACAAGUCUUCCUAUGGCCUUAAGGGGCAUGCUGACAUCUCCCUGAAUAUAAAGUUAAGGCCUUCAUCAUAGCCUUUCUUGCCUUGACUCAGAAAACCCUCUUGAGAAGCAUAUACUGUACCUCCUUGGCCAGGACUCUCUCAAGAAGACCUGAAAUAGUCUUCUGAGAUGAUUGAUUGCACCAAAUCAUCAUAACUUAACUUGGUGAAACCUCGUCAUAUUUCUCCCCAAAAUCAAAAGCAAUAAAUCCAUCUUAAAGAAAAUUAAUCCCGUUUCAGGACAAUUAAGAUUUCUUGCACUGUGACUUUUUCACAACAAUUAAGAAAAUUUUCCAUCCUUAUUCUCUUAAAAUUCUCCAUCCAUCCAUCCAUCCAUCGUCAACCGCUUAUCCUGUGUACAGGGUCGCGGGGGGCUGGAGCCUAUCCCAGCUAACAUUGGGCGAAAGGCGGGGGACACCCUGGACAGGUCGCCAGUCCAUCGCAGGGCUCUUAAAAUUCUCAUUUUACUCUAAUGUGAAAACAAUAUACAUUAUUUAAAUGAUUAUUAUACAUUAUUUAAAUGAUUGAUUAAAAAAAUAUAAUGUAUUAUUAUCAUCUAAUGAGAAUAAUAAAAUGAGAAAUUACAAAAAAACUAAAAAUAAAAAAUAACACAUUCAGAAGCAUUACAGUAAUGAGAAUUUAGGGGUGCGUGGUUGUCAUUCAAAUAAUGUCAUGAUGUUGACAUUUUUAAAGGUUCAUUUUUUCCUCAUUAAAAAAGUUUAACUCCUAAAGACACGAAUUGUAAUUUCAUAAUAUAUGUAGGACAUCAUGAGCACUCACAUUAAAAUGAAGACUGGAGUCAGUAAGCUGUUUUAUUCUACAUGGAGAGGCUCCACACAUAGGGACAGCCAUGUUAGAAUCACAUGACCAGCAGAAUACUACUCGCUUAAUCUCAGUAACCGUCCUGUUAUUGGACACUUUCACUCAUUGAUUAAAUUAAUCAUGGCUGACUGUGAAUGUAACAUUUCUACAAUGACAUCUGAAACUAAAACUUGAUUUUAAAUGAGGUUACUGAAUGCACAAAAGUUACUGAGUGCACCUUUAAUGGUCUGAAAGAUAGGCUCAAUUUUCUUUAUACAAAUGUAACUUUAUUUCUUUUGAUUUUGCAUAAUGAUUUUGAGGUGAAAUGUGACCCAGACAUGUUUUCAUAAGAUUCACUGCUGAACUUUUGAACAUGGUCAAUAAAAUGUAGAGAUCUGAUUUGUGGCAUACUGCAGAGCGUCUUUACCAGAUGUCUUUGUCUUCCUAGCUGAGGGUAAUGCAAGUUUGAAUUCAGUUCUUCUGUUCAUAAGUCAGUCUCACUGUUAGCAUUAUGCAUUAUUUAAUUUAAAUGUUAUGUUAAAUAUAUUUUUGUAUUUAUCUGUGUCAGAGACUCGACUACUUCAAAACAUUUAAGAUACAAUAAUCUGAGUGCCGCAUUUUGUGAAUCUCUCAAUUUGAUAAAGAAGUGAAUAUGUUCUUCAGUUCUUUGAAGUUUAUGAGAAUGUUUAUCUGCUGUGGUCCCGACAGGCACGUUUUUGCUUUGUUCUAAAGGACAUGACUCACGAUACCUUCAAGACUUACACAGUACCAGUGUAUAAAAGAAUGUCUGCUUGAAUAUCCUAUGACAUUUUUUUUCUAUGCUAUUUAGAGAUUUGUUAGAAAGCAAUGGACUUGAUACCUUCAGCUCUUUUCUCUCAUUCUCCUUUCUGCGUUUACAAUGUACUACAUGUUUGUUGAUGAUGUGUGUAUGAUAAUGAUAUGAUGAUGUUACAGUUACGGUAAUAAUACGAAAUCACUUUUUUGCACAUGUGUUGAUAUUUUGUCUCUUGGGUGCUUUUACUGAAGGUGCCACAUAUAGCAACUAUUAAUUUAGAUUGAAGCUGAAGGGUAAUUUUUGAGCUACCGGCACUUCCAAAUAGAAUUGCAAAUAUAAUGUCUGUUUUCAAACAAGUUUCCCUAAACAC